UGGGGUUUUGUUGUGCGGGAUUUCCAGAUGUUUUGGUAAGAGUAGAUUGAAGCUGUAACAUUAUUUGUUUUUGUGUGAUAAUUUAUAAACUUUAAGUAUAUUUUAAUAUUAUUUGAAGCAAAUGAAGCUUGUGAUGUCCUAGUCUACCAGAAACAGCAGGAUGUGGUGGGGUGGCAGCGAGGGUGCCGAGGCUGCCACCGAGGCAGUCGAGGCAAACCCAGAAAUGGAGGAUAUGAAAGAGCAGUUUGAGAUGCAACAGAACCUUAUCAAACAGCUGAAAGACAUGGUGAAAACUCACCAGACACAGCUUCAGGAGAAAGAACAGCAAGUCCAGCGGCUGAGUGUGGCUGGGACCGAGCAGAGCUCCCAGCUGGCUUCGCUCAGUGAACAGGUGGCGGCCCUGGAGGAGGACGGGGCUGGCCCCGGCGGUCCCGCGCCGCCGGCCGGCUCACAGCCGCGCCGACAGAGGCUGCUCGAGAUCAAACGGCAGCUGGAGGAGCAAAGGCGGGCGCAGGAGGAGCGUGCUCGUGAGCCGCGAGCCGACAUCACCGCCAUGGUGCGUCGGCUCCAGGAGCGUAUCGAGGACCCCGACUACCGGUAUGACUCGUGUGACUCGGCCGAGUCUGGGUCCGACGGCGAGAUGGAGCUGGGCACCUCGCCUCGGAAGUCUAUGACGCUGAGUGACUCUAUCAGAGAGAAACCUCCCGAGGAGCUCUACGGAAUCAUCCUGUCAAAGGACAAUCACAUUUACGAGCUGUCCGACAAAGUGUCACAGCUGGAAGCCACCGUUGUGGACCUGAAGGAUACCCUGCAGGAGAAGGAGUCUGUGAUCUCUGCGCGCACGGCGGCCGUGAACCUGGUGACGCGCGCGCUGACGGAGCGCGGCCAGGAGACGAUGGACACGCUGGACGAGACGCGGCAGCAGAUGCGAGACAUGCAGGAGGCGUUCGCCGUGCACGAGGCCGACUGGAAGGUCCGCGAGGAGAAGCUCAGCCGGCAGUUGCAGACCGCCACCGACGCUCUGGAAACGGCAGAGGAAAACUACAAGAAGAUCGAAGCUGCCAAGUUUGAUUUGGUUAUUGCAAACGCCAAUCUGCAGGAGAAAGUUGUAAAACUACAGGCGUCUGCGAAAAUCGAGUCUGGCCGCGCGGCGUCUCUGGACUCUGAGCUCGCCGCCGUGAAGCGGGAGCUCGCCGAAUCACAGAAGAUGGUGUUCCGAGUGAAGUCGCAGAAGCGCCAGCGACUGGGCCAGCUGGAGGGCGAGACGGUGCAGCUGUCGGAGCGCUGCGCCCAGCUGGAGGCCGAGCUGGCGGAGAGGGCCGACACGACGGCACUGGAGGAGGAGCGAGACCGACUUCAGCAGGAGUCCUCUGAGCGGCUGGCCGAGCUGACCGCCGUCACUAAGAAGCUGUGUGACCUGGAGCGGGCUCAGGCGGAGGCGGAGGGCCAGCGGGCGGAGCUGGAGGCCGCUGCCGAGCAGCUGAGGGAGCAGCUCCGCACCAAAGAUGCUCAGCUGACGGAGCUCGAGCAAAAGGUGGAGGAGUUCACGUCCUCAUCUGGCGAGUCGGACGCUCUGCUCUCCAAGCUGACGGCCGAGAAGGAGAACUUGGAGCAGCAGACUGCCGACCUGACCGCCGCCCUUCAGGAGACGCGGAACGCCCUGGAGGAAACGCAGCGGGAGCUGGACUCGAGCUGUACCGGCAGGACCGAGCUGGACAGGGAACGCGACGAGCUUAGGGCGAAACUGACCGAGGGCGAGGAGAGGCUAGCUAACACGCAGUCGCGACUAACCGAGACAAAUGCCAAGCUUGAGGAGACCGAGGCGAAACUCUCGGAGAGUGAGGCUAAGCUGACGGAGCUUGAGACCAAGCUGUCUGAGACUGAAACCAGGCUAUCAGAGACUGAGACUCGGCUGUCGGAAGCCCUCUCCGAGACAGACGUUCACCGUUCGUCCAGAGAGGCAGCAGAGACUGAGCUGGACGCCAUCAGAAUUCGCCUUGAGGAGAGCUCCUCCGAACUGGCCGCCAUGAAGACUCAGCUGGCCGCUGCUAAGGCGGGACCGGCGCCGAUGACGACGGGUGCUUGGUUUGCGGAUACCGUCCCUCCGGCGGCCGACAGCCAGUUCGAUCUCACGUCACAGGUGGUGAGCCAAACGCAGCAGAAUACUGCCGAUGUGGCCAGUCAGGCGGACAAAGAUACAUCGGAUGUGGCGAGCCAAGCAGAGAAGGAUACUUCGGAGGCGGGUAGCCAGGCAGCCAUGACGAGCUCUGAGGUCGACGGCGAGCUUCCUGUCGGAGCUGAGACCUCCGAGGGUGUUUCGCCGUCAGCGGCCGUGGACGCGGGCUCAGCAGAGCCCUCGGACGGCUGGGACUCGUGGCCCGCCGAGGAGCCCGCUGGUGACGAGAGCAGCGUCUCGGCGCUACAGUCGCGACUGGAGGUACUCGCUACUGACCUGGAGACGGCUCGGCGCCGACUGCGGGAGAGCCACGCCGAGUGCGCGGCCAUGCAGGAGGAGACGAACCGCCUGCAGCAGGCCGAGCGGGAGCUGGAGGAGCAGCGGCACCAGCUGCAGGAGCAGGUGGAGCAGCUGCAGACCCAGCUGUCCGGCGCCGAGCAGCAGGUGGCUGAGCUGCAGUCCGGCAACAAACUGCUACUGGAGAAACUGGAGACGGAGAAGGGUCAGCACGAGCAGGAGCACACCCCGGAGACCAUCGAGGUCGCCGGCGAACAGUCGCAGGAAACCCUGAAGAAGAUGGUGAAGAAGCUGAAGACUAAGCUCAAACAGGAGCUGAAGGCGAAGGCGGCGCUGGAGGAAAAGAUUGGUGUGCUGAAGUCGCGUGUGACCGAGUUGCAGGCAAGUGUUGGUGAGAUGGAGCGGGCGUCGGCCUCGGUGGAGGAGGAAGGUCGAACAGACACUGGAGCGGCUUUGGCUGAACUGCAGGCUCAGUAUGACCUGGAAAUUUCAGCGAGGCAGGCGGCCGAGCAGCAUCUGACGGAGGCGCGGGAGGCUCUGGACGCACUGCGGGCUCGCCAGGACGCCCCGUUAGAGCCACCGGCAGUCGUGGAGGAGGCGAAGGUGGAAUCUGCGGAACCAGCGAGCGAGACUCCGCCACCGGCCGCUGCCGCUGGUCCGGAUCAGCAGAAGCUGAAACUGAUGAAGGCCAAGCUGCGGAAGGAGCUUCAGGCCAAGGCUGAGCUACAGAAGCAGCUGUCUGAGCGUGAGGCGACGUUGGAGGAGGUGCGCGGUGCUCUGACAGCGCGGGAGGCCUCCCUGGCCGAGGUGCGCGCUCUGUUGGUCGACAGAGAGGCGGUCCUGGAAAGGAACGACGCCGAGCGGGCCGAGCGGGAGGCAGCUCUGGAGCGGAUCACUUCCGAGCUGGAGGAGGCUCGCUCCGAGCUGGCGAAACAUGUCGCCAGUGAGGCGAGCUUGGAGAGUGGGCUACAGGCACAGAUCAGCGCGGCGGAGACUGAGCUGGCCGCCGCCGUUCACUCUCUCCUGGAGCAGAGCCGGCUGCUGUUGGGGACGCUGGCGGCCGACAGUCCGGUGGUGAUUGGCUGGGAGACCCUGCAGUCGGCAGUGGCCGGCGCCGCGCCGCUGCGGGUCCGCUGCACGCAGCUCACCGAGGCAGUACAACUGCUGGCGCGGGCCGCCGCCGAACCCCGCGAUCCGUUCGAGACGCUACCGCCGCUGCGUGACCGCAGCUCGUCACAGAGCUCUCUGAUGAGCGAGCGGUCUGAGUCUGCCCGCAGUGAGCCGCCGGGCGCGGACGGCGAGCGGGAGGCGCUGCUGCUCAAACAGCAGACCCGGCUGAAACAGCUGGCGACGGCCGUGCGCCGACGUACCGCCAUGCGAGACGAGGCGCUGGCCAAGGUUAAGGAACUGGAGCAGGAGGCUCAGCAGAUGAAGGCGCGUCUGGAGCAGCUGGAGAAUGCCGACAACUCCGCUACUGUGGUGCACGAGGGUAGUGACGAAUUGCGGGAGAAGUGGGAGCUCGAGCUGUCAGAAAAGGAUGCCAAAAUCGCCGCCCUGGAGGAAGUCAUUGAUAAGCAGAAGGGCGAAGUGGAAAGUGUCACAGCCAAUGUUUCCAUACUAACGGAUGAGCUCAAGGGUAAAGAUGAGAAAAUAUCAAGCCUAGAGGCGCUCAUCAGUGAACAGACGAAUACGGAUAAGACGGAAAUCGAGAGUCUGUCUGCCUCAAUAAAUGAGCUGAAGGAAGCCUUAGAGGCUGUCACCAAUGAGAACAACGACAGAGGCGAGCGCAUCACCAGUUUGGAAGAAAUUCAGGCAGGCCAAGAGGACAAGAUCCGAUACCUGUUGGAUGAGCUCACCUCCAAAGAGGAGGCUCUCGCCGCUGCCACCGAGCGGUGUGCGGGACUGGAGGUGCGCACCACGGCGCUCUCUGCCGAGUUGCGGUGCGUGCGCUGUGAGGCAGAAGCCGAGCGGGCGCAGUCAGUCGACUCUGGCCUGCUGUCUGCGCUCACUGAGCCUCUGCAGCGGACCGGGCCUGCUCGUGGUGCCGACACCGCUCUGGUGGCUGACGUACGCACCCUGAUGCAGCAGCUGCGGGCGCUACCAGCCGCCGAGGCCAGUAAUCUGUUCCGCGUGCCUCACGGUAUGGAUGUGGUCAGCCUGCCGUCCAGCGGCUCCGAGGGCCACCAUCGCGACUCGUCGGAGGAGAACUGGUCGAUGGUGGACGAGCGGCCCGGCUCCGGCGCUGCCUCACCGCCGCGCGCAGCCGCCGCCGCCGACUCGCAGACCACACUGAAGGACGCCAGCCCUCCGUCCGAGUCCUCCGAGCCGAUAACUGUGGUAGCGGCGCCGAACGACUGGGACGACGGCGGCGGCUGGGACCGCUGGGACAUGAUGGAGGCCGGACCGGUGGACACCUCGCCGUCCGCUCCGCCAGCCGACGAGGACGCUCCCACUCCCGCCGCGCAGACGGAGGAGCCGGUGGAUGCGACUGCUGGCGAAGGCUGGGGCUGGUCGACCGGAGAGGAGGAGGCUGAUGAACAGGCGGCUACCGGCCUGCUGUCCGGUCAGUGGGGAUGGGACGAGGACGCCGGCUGGCCGCGUGAAGACCAGCCGGCUUCCGAGGCUCUGCGGCUGGGUACGACUGAACUGAUGGCUCCAGACGCGGUCACUGCUGUGGAGACGGCACCAUCCCUGUCGGCCGCGCCUACCACUGCUGCUGAUCACAGUCAGACCUCUGCGGACGCUCUCUCGGCCGAGCUGACCGAGGUGCGUCUGCUGCUGCUCACCACUCAGCAGGAGGUGAGCCAGCUGGCUGCCGAGCGUGACCAACUGCUGCAGCGGCUCGACACCGUCACUAGCGAACAGCAGGCGCCGGCCGGCUACGAUGCGGCAGAGACGGCUCAAAAGCUGUGGGAGGCACUGGAUCAGGUGGCGCAGCUCCGUUCUCGACUAGCCACCGCUGAAGGGGAGCGUGGAGCCCGCGAUCGCACUCUGGAACACCAGCGUAUAGACGCCGGUCACCAGUGGUCCGUGCUGAACCACGAGAUCUCCAGUCUGCGUGACGAACUGGAGAACACUGUAUCCGACCUGACCGAGCUUCGUCAACAGCUGGACACUUCUCAAACCGAGCGGGCCGAGUGUGAGCGCUCUCUGGUGGUCAGUCAGCAGGAGGCCGACCGGCUGACUCGCGAGUCGCACGCUCUGCGCGCCGCCCAGUCGCAGGCCGAGCAGCUGUGUCGGGAGACCGAGCGUCAGGCAGAGUCGCAGCAGGCGGCGACGGCGGCGGCCGUGGCGCUGGCGGAGCAGACGCUGGCAGAGCUGCGAGUGGCCUCGGAUACGGUUCGGGGACUCGAGCAGCAGAUGGCGGCGGCUAGGACAGAGGGAGAAGUAGCAGCCGCGGAACAGCGGGCGGCGGAGAGCGAGGCACGCGUAUGGCAGGUGACCGAAGAUGUGACCAGAUUACAAGAGGAGGUGUUCCGACUCCAACAGGAGCUGACCCACGUCCAACAAGAGGGUCUGGUCGCCGGUGAAAGAGCUGCAGAGGAUGCCGGGUUAGCCACGGAGAAGUUCCUUUCUACUAUAGACGAGGUUCAGGGUCAGCUCAAACAAAAGACUGCCGAUGUUGAGCGGCUAGAACGUGAUCUAGCCUGCUGCAAACAGGUGAGCGAUGCGCGCGUGCAGCAGGCGACUGAGGACGUGACUCGACUGCAAGAGGAGGUAACACGAUUGCAACAAGAGGAGGCACGGUUACAACAGGAGCUGGUCCACAUCCAGCAAGAGGGUCUGUCUGCCGGGGAAAGAGCUGCAGAGGAUGCCGGUCUGGCCACAGAAAAGUUCCUCUCUACUAUAGACGAGGUUCAGAAUCAACUGAAGCAGAAGACUUCCGAUGUUGAGCGGCUAGAACGCGAUCUAGCCUGCUGCAAACAGGAGAACGAGGCGGCGCUGCAGAAGGCUGCCGACAAUGUUGCAGAGCUAGAGCGUGAGCUGGCGUCAGUGAGGGAGCAGCGGGAUAAGGCCAUUGAGCAGGCAGCCGUCAUUCACGAGAGAGCCGAGGAGCCUCCGCUGACUACUGCGGCGCAACGCGAGUGGCCGGGCUGGGGUGAUUCUGGCGCGGGAGCGCAGCAUUCUGAGACCGAGCUACGCUCCGCGGACCCUGAGGCCGCGACUGCUGAACUGGGUGAGAUGGGCCAGCACCAGCCCGGCGUCGGACAGGAGACGGGACAGUACAACUACUCAGAUCAACCCCAGGUGUCUCAGGGCGAGACCGGUUACCAGGCGACGGAGAGCUAUCCUGCCAGUGCAGAAUACACCAGCCAGGGUAACCAAGGAGUGGCCGGGUACUUUGCCGACACCAGCCAGUAUCCUCCCAUGCAUUAUCCUGGACAGCAAGCUGAGCAAACACCUGGUUACUACAACCAAAGUGGCAGCCAACAGACGGAGCAAACUCCCGGUUAUUACAACCAAAGCGGCAACCAGCAGACAGAACAAACUCCUGGUUAUUACGACCAGAGCGGCACGCAGCAGACCGAGCAAACUCAUGGUUACUACCAGCAGACUGACGGUCAGCAAACGGCUGCGAGUGUCUUUGACUACGGACUGUCGACUGCAGGGUUCUUCGGCCAGGAGCAGCCGGCUCAGACAGGUGGAUAUUGGGACACCGGAGCGGUCGCAGUGUCAUCCGCUGCCCCGCCGCCGCCGCCGCCGCACCAGCCGGAGACGACGGCAGCCACGCAGGCUCAGCCGAUUCCCGUGUUCUCUGCGUUCAGUGGAGCCGAGUCGGAUCCAUUCGCCGAGGUGUGGCCUUCUCAGCAGCCGGCGCCACCAGCCGCCCAGCCCCCGGCCGUCGCUGUCCAGCCGCCCACACCGGCUGCUGAGGAGAGCACGGCGGCGUCCGGCCCGCCACUGGACGAGCAGCUGGCGCAGACGUGCAGCCAGCGUGACGCGCUGCAGCAGCAGCUGCAGGAGGCGCUGCAGGAGCGGGAGCGGCUGCAGGAGCAGCUGCGGGUCAGCUCCGACACCGAGGAGCGGCUGAACCGGGCGCUGACGGAGCGCGACGAGCUGCAGCUGCGGGUGCAGGACCUGGAGCUGACGGGCCAGCAGCUGCAGACGACUCUGCAGGAGCGGCACCAGCUGGAGGAGCAGCUGGAGACGGCCCGCCGCGAGCUGCGGCAGGCGCAGGAGAGCGCGCAGCACCAGCUCAACCUGCAGGCUCUGGAAGCGGAGACAAGGACCGAGCAGCUGGAGGUGAGGAUCGCCGACCUGGAGCCGCUCAGAGAACAGCUGGAGGCGGCCGAGGCGCGUCUGAACGCGGCCGCCGCGGAAAGUCUGCGCCUGCAGCAGGCUGAGCAGGAGCUGGAGUGUAGCAGGACUCUUCUGGAGACUGUCACUGCGGAGAAGGAGCAGCUGGAGAGGCAGGCAGCAGAGGCAGCAGCGGCGGCAGCAGCGCAGUCGUCAGCGCCACCGCCGCCGCCUCCAGAACCGUCAGCGCCACCUGUGGAGGAGCCGAUCGUUCAGUCUACCACACACGCGAUGUCUUCAGCGCCGCCCCCCACCACUGGCCUCCAGUUCGCGUCAGCCCUGUUUGGCGGCGCGUCGGAGAACUUCUUUGACAGUUUCGGCGCACCUGCGGCGGCUGCACCAGCGGCGCCGGAGCCCACUGCCCCUGUGGAGACGACUCCCUCCCUGGCAGAGGACCUGGCCGAGCAACUGACACUACUGCGCGCUGAGACGGAUCAGCUGCGCACCCGACUGGCUGAGGCUGAGUCGACAGCCGCCCGCUGUCAUGCUCUAGAGGAGGAGGUGCGCCGACUGAAAGAGGAGGUGUCCAGCUCAGAACGCAGUGAGGCGGCCGAGCUGCAGACGGCAGCAGAUGAGAACACAGUAGUCUGGGAGAGGAUCAACCGCAUGGAGCAGGAGGCAGAGGGACUGCGGGCGGCCGCUGCCGAGAAUGCCUCCCUGCGGGAGACUGUCUCACGACUGGAGGAGGCGGCGGCGGCCAUGCAGCGGGUUGAGGUGGAGGCCACCGCCCUUCGGGAGAGAGUGCCGGCGCUGGAGAGCGAGUCGGCCGAGCUUCUGUCGCGACUGGAGGCGGCUGCUGCGGAGAAGACCGAACUACAGGCGACCAUCGCUCGACUGGAAGCAGCGGCAGCCGCCGGGCCGGCUGACUCGACCGAGACCGAAGAGCUGCGGCGGCAGGUGGCCGAUGCCCAACAGUCAUACGCCGCCCUGCAGACUGAGAAGGCGGCAGUCGAUACUGAACUGGCAGAGACCAAGGCGCAGCUGCAGCAGUACAUUGACUAUUGUAACUACUACGCCGCCUACUACGCUCAGGAUCCGGCGGCAGCGGGGGCUGGACAGCAGGCUGACGCGACUUCCGCAGAGGCUGCACCACAGACUGAAACGGCUGCGGCAGAGGCCGGACAACAGGCGGACACAUCUACAGCCUGGACCGGACAGCAGGCGGACACGACUACUGCGUGGAGCGGACAACAACCGGCCACUGUUUCUGCAUGGACCGGACAGCAAACGGACGCAACUACCACCUGGACUGGACAGCAAGCGGACACUGCUUCAGCCUGGACCGCACAGCAGACAGAAGCUACCGCUCCUACGGCUGCACAGCAGUACGACGGCUGGUCGUCAGACGGUGCGGCGGUGCCGGUGCCGGUAUCGGCCGAGUCUGUCAGCUCCGAACUCUCCACAGUCGCCCUGCUCUCCCCGGCACCUUCCCAACAAGGGACCGAAGACGCCAUGUCGGACGCGGCUGUCGCCGAUGCAGUGGUGUCGGCCGCGCAGAGUGUCCUACCGUCUGUGUUUUCGUUCUUCGGUGGCGGCAGCAGCGGAGCGAGUGCUGGAGUCAGCGGGGGUAGUGGUGGCGCACCGACCGCCGGCGCUGAAAUUACCACCGAGCUGGAGCGACUGCGGACUGAGAACGCUGCCCUGCGCAGCCGCGUGUCCGAACUGGAGCUGUCGGUGUCUGCGAGCCGCGCGGCGGUGGCCGAUCCCCUGGUGGCCCCCACCUCCAGUCCAUUCCUGGAGGAGACCGGCUCGUCACCGCCGCGUGAUGACUCCGGCUGGCACGAGUUCACGCCGGCGCUGGAGGCGGUGUCGCCGUCCUCAGAGGCGCCGGCCCGGUCGGCAGAGCUGGAGCGGGUCACUGCCGAGCUGAUCGCAGAGCGUGAGAAGGUGGCGCGGUUAGAGGCGGCUGCUGCUGAGCUCUGGGAGCAGCCGACGUGCUCAGAUAAGUUGGCUGACGUGGUGGCUGAGCUGCAGGCUGAGCGGGAGCGGAUGGCACGGCUGCAGCAGGAGGCGGACCAGCUGCGACAGCAGGCCGAGGCGGCUGCGUCAGCUGCCGAGCACGCUGCCCAGCUGCGUGCAGAGACGGCGUCACUGCAGCUGGAGGUAGCGCGGCUCACCUCUGAGCUGGAAACUGAGCGGAGCCGGUCAGCAGCGGCUGACGAGGUGCCGCAGCUGUCGGUGCAGCUGACCGAGCAGCUGGAAACGGUGACCCAACUGCGCGCUGAAGUCGCGUCACUGCAGAUGGAGGUGGCACGGCUGACCUCUGAGCUGGAGACCGAACGGAACCGGCCGGCAGCCGCAGCUGCGCCGGCGGCGGCUGGUGACGAGGUGGCUCAACUGUCUGCUCAGCUGGCUGAGGAACUCGCCACAGUUACCCAGCUGAGUGGAGAGCUGGAGUCAGAACGUGCUGAUGUAGCGCGACUCGAGAGCGAGCUCCAGCAGGUCAGCGAGGCGCUGAGCGCAGCCCAGGCGCAGCUCUCGGCAGCACGCAGCGUGGCGGCUCCCACCGACUCGGCACUCACCGACCAGCUGACCUUCUACCGCCAGAAGGUGGCCGAGCUGGAGACCAUGCUGGCCGGCCUGCGGGACGAGCUGCAGCAGGCCAAGGUGAAGAACGGCCGGCUGUUGCAGAAGCUGAAGGUUCAGCAGAUGGCCGGGCGUGGCGCGGCCGCCGCCCCCGACGCUCUGGAUGCCGCUAUGUUAGAGGAGGCGCGUGCGCAGGCCACAGAAGCCAGUCAGCGAGCUGAGGAGGCCGAACGCCAGGUACGCAAUCUGCAGCAGGAGAAGGCGCGACUGUCCGACCAGGUAGGCACCUAUCAGGACGCCCAGGAGAGACUUCUGGAGUCCAAGGAGCGCCUGGAGGCGGAGGUGCACGCGCUCCGUCUGGAGAACGACCAUCUGCGCGGUCAGCUGACUGACCUCGAGUGGCGUCUAGCGGAGCUAGAGGAGGCGGCCGAGAGUCGCCAGCAGGAGUCCUCCGGCCCCACCGAGCCGGCGGCUGGUGAUCCCUCAGCGGACGUGGUGGCGACGCUGAGACAGGAGAAGGCGGGCCUGGAGCAGCGGCUGGCCGACCUGGAGCGGAUUCACGAGGAGUUGGUGGAGCUGCACCACGCGGCGGCGGCGGCAGCUGCCAGCAGCCCGCUGCCGCAGCCGGUCGGACCGCUGGAUGGCGCCGAGAGCCCGUCACUGGCCGAACAGCUGGCUCUGUCGGCCGCUGAGCCGCCCAAGUCGCCGGCGCACCGGCUCACGGGGGCCGAUCCGGCGGCGCCUGUCGCUGUCACCGAUCUCGCGGCUGUGGAGCCGGUGGUGACGAGCGUGUUCCAGUCUCAGAUGACCGCGGAGCUGCCGCCUCUGACUGGGGCCGAUCCGGCGGCGCCCGCUGCCGUCUCGCCGGCGGCUGCCGUCCCACUGGCCGCUGCCGUCCCGGAGGCUGCUGCUGCACUCCCGGCGGCGGUUGGCGAGGAGCUCACAGCCGACCAGUCUCCCAUCCUCCGCUCCCGGGAGGCCAUCAUACACGGGAUGGCUGAGGAGCUCAACAACCAGCGCGCCACAAUCGCCGCACUGCGCGCCGAGGCGGCGCAGUGGCGUACGCUGGCCGAGGAGGGCGAGGACGGCGCCGUGGUGGAGGGACUGAACGAGCACCUGCGCCUGCUGGCGGAGACGCUGCACAGCCGGGACGCCCGCUGCAGUCAGCUGACCACAGAGGUGGCACAGCUGCUGGAGGAGAGGGACCUGCUCCAGCUGCGCCUCUCGUCCGCCCUCCGCUCCAACCAGUCUCGCGGUGCUGAGGUGUCCCAGCCGCCCGCUGACGACUCUGCAGACGUGCAACAGCUCAAACUCAAGUUGGCGGAGCUGAAGCAGCUGAACUACCUGUUGGACAUCCAGCUGCAGGGCGAGGUGGCGGAGCGGCGGCGCCUGCAGCGCUCUAUGCAGACCGACAGCCCGCAGAGGGGACGGCAUCAUCAGCAGAUGACCGGGACCCUGAGUCCGAACACAUCGGAUUUAGUCAGCUCUUCGUCCAAGGACAUCUGACACCAUUUGGGUUAGUGCCUGACACAGACACCGUCCCAGUCGGGUGUCCUACCGAAUGUGGGGGCUGGUUACACCAUGUCGAAACAAGUGCGUUACGCGCGGGUGUGAGUGCGUGCGCGUGUGCAGUGUGGGUGCAAUUGUGGCGCUCGGUCGCCCUGGGCUCUGGAGUGGGUCCCAGCUAGGAGACUGAAUGCGACCGGCGAUCGGACCGAUGUCCUAUGAACGCUUUGGUUCCGCUCCGGCGAGCAAUUAGUGCCGGACUUGUGCGAUACAACCAAUGAUAAAUAUACGACAAACUAUUAUAUUAAUGCAAGCGAUUAAAGCAUCGAUCGUGUAGGUCGAUGCAAGUAUAUGAACUAUGACAAUGACCUGUUGAUGAA